CUAGGCUGCUGCUUCGCUGUACUUUAUUUCUUUCUCCUCUUUAGUUCAGUUUAGUUCGAUCUGUAAUCGUCUCGGGUUGACUCUGAGAAUCUACCUACCACCAUGUAUCGUCUUAUCUCCAGCAUUGCUUCAAAAGCUAGAGUUGCCAGAAACUGUACAACUCAGAUUGGAAGCAGGCUCAGUUCCACUAGGAAUUAUGCAGCGAAAGACAUAAGGUUCGGUGUUGAAGGCCGUGCUUUGAUGCUUAGAGGUGUUGAGGAGCUCGCUGAUGCUGUCAAAGUCACUAUGGGACCAAAGGGUCGUAAUGUCAUCAUCGAACAAAGCUGGGGAGCACCAAAGGUGACAAAGGAUGGUGUGACUGUAGCCAAGAGCAUUGAGUUCAAGGACAGAGUCAAGAACGUUGGUGCCAGUCUUGUCAAACAGGUUGCUAACGCCACCAAUGACGUAGCUGGUGAUGGAACAACGUGUGCUACAGUUCUUACAAGAGCUAUCUUCGCAGAAGGCUGCAAAUCAGUCGCUGCUGGAAUGAAUGCGAUGGACCUAAGACGCGGUAUCAAACUGGCCGUUGACACAGUUGUGACGAACUUGAAGAGCCGAGCACGCAUGAUUAGCACUUCUGAGGAAAUUGCUCAAGUUGGAACUAUAUCAGCUAAUGGAGAUAGAGAAAUCGGUGAAUUGAUUGCAAAGGCUAUGGAAAGUGUUGGCAAAGAGGGAGUGAUCACAAUCCAAGAUGGGAAGACCUUGUUUAACGAGCUUGAAGUUGUUGAGGGUAUGAAGAUUGACAGGGGAUACAUCUCCCCAUACUUCAUUACAAACCAGAAGAACCAAAAAUGUGAACUAGAAGAUCCUCUCAUUCUCAUCCACGAGAAGAAAAUCUCCAAUUUGAAUUCUAUGGUGAAAGUCUUAGAACUGGCCCUCAAGAGUCAAAGGUCGCUGUUGAUCGUUGCGGAGGAUUUGGAGAGUGAUGCUCUUGCCGUACUAAUUCUGAACAAGCUUCGUGCUGGAAUCAAGGUCUGUGCUGUGAAGGCCCCUGGUUUUGGAGAAAACCGUAAGGCCAACAUGCACGAUCUAGCUACGCUCACCGGAGCUCAGGUGAUAACUGAAGAGUUGGGUAUGAAUCUCGAGAAAAUCGAUCUCAGCAUGCUUGGAAACUGCAAAAAGAUAACUGUAUCCAAGGACGACACUGUUUUCCUUGACGGAGCUGGUGACAAGAAAUCAAUUGGGGAGCGAUGUGAACAGAUACGAUCAAUGGUUGAAGCGAGCGAGUCUGACUACGACAAGGAGAAGCUACAAGAAAGGUUGGCUAAGCUUUCUGGUGGUGUUGCUGUACUAAAGAUUGGAGGAGCGAGCGAGUCAGAAGUGGGAGAAAAGAAAGAUAGAGUCACAGAUGCUCUAAAUGCAACCAAAGCAGCUGUUGAAGAGGGUAUUGUUCCAGGUGGUGGUGUUGCUCUUCUGUACGCGUCAAAAGAACUUGAGAAGCUUUCCACGGCUAACUUUGAUCAGAAAAUAGGUGUCCAAAUCAUCCAAAACGCUCUCAAGACACCUGUUUACACAAUUGCUUCCAACGCUGGAGUCGAGGGUGCAGUCAUUGUAGGCAAGCUUUUGGAAUCAGAUAAUCCUGACCUCGGUUACGAUGCUGCUAAAGGAGAAUACGUUGAUAUGGUCAAGUCUGGUAUCAUCGACCCUGUGAAAGUGAUCAGAACCGCAUUGGUUGAUGCUGCAAGUGUCUCGUCUUUGUUGACAACAACGGAAGCAGUUGUGACUGAGAUUCCAACGAAAGAAGAUGCGUCUCCAGCUAUGGGCGGUGGUGGCGGCGGCAUGGGUGGUAUGGGCGGUAUGGGAGGAAUGGGUUUCUGAUGAGAGAACAAGUUUUACUUUGGAGAUCGUUGUGAGAUGAUGAUAAGGUUGCUUCAUCCACUAUACACUAAUGGAUCCUCCUUUUUUCUGUCAUGAUUGGAAUAGAGAUAGACCAUAAGAUUUUUCCUUUCUGGAUUUCAUUCACAAUCAAUCUAUAAAAUAUCUAAAUUCUUUGGUCAUACAAGUCUUUUUGUGUUAUCUUGGAAAAUUAUAUAGAAUACUACAGUUCAGGAAAUA